GCAAGGGUUUAUUAGGGUUUGUGGAUCGAUGAUAAUGAACCGCGGUGUGCGAUAUUAUUAUUAUUAUUUUCAAUUAUUUAAUUAAUAUUUGGCCUUUCCCUUACGUUGCAAUCCAAAUCGCCGAUCCAUCCAAGUGGCCGCGAUGCCCGUGAAAUGGCUGAUGCACUGGCAACCCAAUCAGGGCUCGACCCUGAGCAGCCAGGUACUGGCGGAGGUGUGUCAGUGCGUGGAGGGCUUCGGCGCCGCAGCCAAAGACAGGAAGUGGCGGACCACGCUCACCUUCUACCGCCCCAUGGCCCGUGACAGCGCCGCGGCCCCGGUAAGCGACGUACCUCGCGACCUCCUCGGCAUCGCCCUCCACGAUCGCCCCUCCGCCUACUUCUUCAUUCUACGGCACCACCGCAUCAUCCUCCAGGCCGACGCCAACGUGCAGCUCCUCAUGGAUAAGCUCCAGUCCUACAAGGCUCGCGUCGUCCUUCACUUCGAGGGAUCUCAAUAUCAACUAGGAGAUUUCCAGCUGAGAGUGGGAAAAUGUGGUCCAUCAAUGUCCGAAACAUUGAGGGGAAUCAUGAUGGAGGUUGAGUAUCUUCCUUUAUCUUCAAUAGAGAAGUCCAGGCCAAUUAUGGAAGCAUUCUUCGACAUAUGGCACGAAACAAUCACCAAAGCUUCAUUACCUGGUCAUUUCGUGAUCAGCGAUUCCAACUUCACUGACUACGGUUUACAGGACUAUUACUCUCCUCAGCACACUUCCCUUCAGUACGCGACUUGCAUUGCGCAACUCAUGUCUGCCGGAAGAAGCUGAACUUGAAUAUCCGAAAGAGUUGGCGCUUCACCCUCGGUGCCACGUGGACCCUUCAGGGAGAUGAAAUUAUGCAUUUUGCCUAUUCUUUGAUAAUUUUGGUGGCAGUAGGAUUGAUAAAUUAUUGUAGUAAUGUUAGUGUUAUCAAAUCUGGUUGCUGAAUGAAUCCUUGUUUAACUAUUCUUCUUGUUUAAUAUAUCCUCCUCUGUAUGGUCUGCUUGAA